UGUAGUACUAAACUGAACAAUUUACUAACACAAUAAACCAUAGACUACCUAUGCAUGAGCACUAACUACUGUUUUGUUAUGUAUUUACUGUCAUUUCAAUGAUGCUGUUUUUCAUGUAAUUUGUUUUUUAUGGGUCCGUAUUGCGUAACGUACUCUAGUUGAUGUUUGUGUCGUGGACAUAUUGUUGAGCCAUUGAGAGUUGUUAUUUAAGAUCAAGACUGCACUAUUAAGUGUCUUGACCUGAAAUUAUGUCAGAAUCUGAAGGAAAUUCAUUCAAUGAAAAUGAAGAUGAUCAAAUUGUAAAUUUUGUAGAAUACAUUAAUGGUCAAAAUGCUGAAAUAGAACAAGCCAAUUUGAUACUUGAAGCAUCGGAUGGUGAAAAUUGUACUUAUUCAAUGGUUUGUAACUUAUAAUGAUAGAACUAUUGUAGAAUUAUAAGUAGUGAAUAGAUUUUAGUUAUUUUUGUUGUGUUCCAGGGAUACAUGAACCGGCAAGCAUUAUAUGCAUGUUUAACUUGUACUGAAGAAGGCAAAGUAUCUGGUGCAAUAUGUUUACCAUGUAUGUUUCAAUGUCAUGAUAAUCAUAACCUGGUUGAAUUAUGGACAAAGAGGUAAGUCAAGAAAUUCAUUUUUUUUAAAUAAUUUUUCAUAACAUAAAAUUAAAAAAAAAAAAAAAUUUUCGAACUUUACUACUACUUUUUGAGACACCUCUUUGUUGAAGGACUUAAAAAAAAAUGUCUGUAAAAUCAGAAUAUGGAACAUGAGCUUAGUUUUAAAGUUAUAGCCAAUUGAACUGUUGUGCAGUGAUUAAUUCGCUUGAAUUAUAACUCGGUGUUCAGCGUUCCAUUCUCCUGUAUGGCUUUAAUUAUACAUACUAAUAUUUACCUGAUAUGGUCAUUCGCUCAUUCGGACAAUUAAAAACAAAAAUUUCCCUCGAUUUAUUGUGCAAAGCCACGACUAGUAGGAAAAAUAAAGUAUUAUCGGUAGAACUAGAGACUCGGCAUUGUGACUUGUUCGCUUGAUAAUAACUUAGCACAAAUAAUGUAUACUGAUUUCUAAGUAUUUAACUCAAAAACUAAGUCCGAGUUUUAAAUUAUAACUUCACCAAAAUUUUCAGAAUGCUUAACUACAAAAGUUUUUAAAAAAAAAAGUGUUCCAUAAAGUAGAUAUCUAUCAAAAGGUUUCACUGAAAUAUAUAUUAUACUUAAAAAUCAUAUAGGAAUAGUUUUCUAAUAAGAAAGUGCUUUACAGAUACAUAACAAUUAAAAAUGUCUCAGAAAUUUUCAUAUUAUAAUUGUAUAAAAUAUAACUAAUAAGAACCUCUAUUUCGUUUAACACUAUUAUAUUUUAGUUUAAUUGCUUUUGUAUUGUUAUACUAUACUUAUAUUUUGGGCCUUCAAAUAAAUGAAAUUGAAAUAUUUGUCGCUAUGCUCUGAAUCUCAAAUGGUUAUAAUAUUAUACUAUUUCUUUUCAAAUUUAAAUAUUUUAUAUUUUUAUUGCUUUAUAACUAAAUCAAUACCUAUGAAUUUAUAAGUUAUCUUUUAGUAUUUAUUUAAACAAAUUUAAUUUUGUAUACAAGAAAGAAGAAUAAAUAAACAAUAAUAGUGUAUGUUUUUGUUUUAUAUUUAAAUGUAUAAUAGAAAUCAAAUCAAAAUUGUAUUUAAUAACUAGAUUUUAUGAAAUAACUACUAUAAUAAUUAAUUUUUUUCAAUAUAUCAAAAGGUUAAAUGUAAAAAUAUGAAAUCUGAUCCAUUCGGUAGGUAUAGCAUCCAACAAAUAUAUAUCGUAAACAAAUCUAAGAAUUAUAUUAUGAUUAAUAUUUUUAAAAAAAUGUACAUAUGUACUAUUAUGAUUAAUUUAAUUUGAAUUAGUGAAAUAAACAUGCAAUUAUCUUCCAUUCUGCAUUUGUUAUAUUAUUUUGUUUAAAUAACAACGUUAACUAAUUAUGUACACAUACAUUUUUUAUUUUUUUAGAAAUUUUCGCUGUGAUUGUGGAAGUGAUAAGUUUACUUCUAACUGUCAAUUGGAACCUGUAAGUAAAAGAAUUAUUCAGUGUAUAAAUUUUGAUUAUUAAAUACAAAAUCACUAUUUUCAUGUUUUCAUGUCUUACCCUCUGAUUGGUCGUGAUAUUGAUAAUGAUAGUAAAUCUACCAGCUACCAUUUGGUGAUAUUGUUAAGUGCGCUAUAAAUAUAAUAUAUCAACUAAAAUUUUAAAAUAAUAAUUAUUUGCAUGCAGUUAACAACAUAUUGUUGCUAUUGACGUGAAAAAACCUAUGUGCUAAAACCUGGUUCUUCAGGAGAUACAAAAAACGUUUUAAAAAAUCAAAAAGUUUUAAUGAUUAGCAAAAAUAAAUUUUAAAAUUGUAACACCAUAAAAUAUUUUUUUCUGAAAAAUAAAAUUGAAGUAAAACACUUAGUAGUUAUAAUUAAUACAUUGUUUAAAUUGUUAAUAUUUUAUCAUUUUAUAGGUUUAACAUUUUUGCUAAAAUCACAUAGGUUUUUAACGUCACAUACGGGGUUUUUCAAUGUUACAUAGGACGUUUUCUAAUAACGAUUAAUGUCACAUAGAGCAUUUUUAACUACAAAGAAGAUAUUUCACUAACGAUUCAUGUGUAGGUAACACAUGGGAGUUUCUUGUUUUUUAUUUUUUAUUAAUUCUUUCAUGAAGAUAGCAUACAGAAUAUAUUAUAAUAUGAUAGCUUAUUUUUUUCUGAAUUCAGGGAUUCCAAAAUUUCAAAAUCGAGAUUAGACAAGAUCGAUGACAUGACAUGUUACUAAAAAUAAAUUACCUAUGUAACAUUUUUUUUGGAAUUGUUACUUUUUUGAAACUGUACUGAUUGAAAUGAUUCCAUUAAAGAAAUGAAAAUUCCCAUUACUAAUAUAAUAUCAUUAUUCAUUUUACGGCCAAUUAAUGAGGGUUCCACAUUUGACAUAAAAACAUUUAGUUUUUGAAUACCAACUACAUAUUAAAUAUUGAAACAAAAUUGUUUGAAAAAUGAGAAUUUCAAACAGAAAUUGUUAUAUGCCUCCAAUCUAAUUAGAUUAAUUAACUAAUUUAUCUAAUUAGAUAAGCAUUUUUUUUAAAUAUUAUUGUAGUGAAUUAUCACUUUGUGAUUGUUUUUCUUUAAUAUUAAUAAUACUUAAUGUCUAGAACAUGAAUAUUUCUAAUACAUAUUGCUAUUAUUGUAUACUAAUAAUCUUUUGUGACUUAAUUCAAUUUUAGAUUAGUAAUACAGUUACAAUAAUCCUCAUUUAAUGUCGAGGUUAGGUUACUAGGAAGCAUAAUGUUAAGUGUUUCACUUUUUACAUACAUUUUAUUAUUAUUGUACGAUUUAAUUAUUUGUAUUAAAUUUUAUUAAAUUAUAUACAGUACUAAAAUUAACAAAUACUUAUAAAUCGGUUUAUCGUACUUACAAUUUAUUCCUUAAAAAUCAUAGAAGUUGAAAUUGGAUGUUUUGUUGUCAUAUUAGCAAAUAAUAUUAAUAAAUUAACAAAUAUGUAAAUACGUAAUAGUAAUAUUAUGUAUGUACAUGAAAACUGUCUUGUGGAUAGCAAGUCUUGUUGAACAACUGACUCAUUAAAAUAAAAAACGAUUAUGAAUUACAUAUUACUUAAAAUAAAUAAAAACAGUACUUAUGAUAAAUAUGUUAACCAAAACGAUAUCAGUAUUAUCUGUAAAAGGUCGACAAAAUUAAAUUACUUAUAUGAGUUACACAAAAUAUGUAUAAAUACAUACAUGUAACAAAAAUUUAAUGAACGCAAGACUUACACUUCUAUGAGGCAAUAACAAAUUUCAUUUUUAUAUUAAAUUUUUAACUAAUUUAAGUCUAAAUUAAAUACCUUUUUUUUUUUUAAUUUUUCAUAUUCAUAUUGAUUAUACACACAAUUUUUUUAGGAUUUUAUAUAUUUACUAAUAUUUGAUAGUAAAUAAUGUUAUAAAUGUAUAUGUAAUACAUUAUUUUUAAAAAUAUCAUCAUUGGUACAAAGAAAGUUUUUAAUGUCAUUUUAAGAUUAUUUUAGAAAAAUAAAAUAUAUUAACUUCAAAAAAUAAUUUUUAAAUCAUUUAUGUAUAAAAGUUCCACGAACUAUUCUGGGACCAAUCAACUAAUUGUUUUCUUGCUUUUUGUAUUACAAUAAUUUUGAUGGUCCCUACAAAAGUUGUGUAGAAUUUUCAUAUUAUAUUUUGAUCUAGGUAUAAUAAAUUAAUUUGUAUAAAAUACCUAAUUAUACUUCUUUACAUUUAACAGACAAAACCGCAUGCAAAUGAUCUUAAUGUUUACAAUCAAAAUUUUGAAGGAUUGUACUGCAGUUGUAAACGCCCUUAUCCUGAUGAAGGAAACACUGAUGAAAUGAUUCAAUGCAUUGUUUGUGAAGAUUGGUUUCAUAGCAAGGUAUUGCUAUUGUUUACAUUUUUGUGAGAUAUAAAUAAAUUAUAUUUUAAUUUUUCAAAUAAUUUUUUUUAGCAUUUGGGUACAAAAGAUAUGGACCCAGAAGAUUAUUCCGAAAUGAUAUGUUCAGGUUGUACUUCUAAAUUGAGUUUCUUACCGGCUUAUAAACAUUUAAUAGGUAAGAAUUUAGUUAGUUUGAAGAUUUAAAAUACUAGUAUGCUAUAGUUUGUUUAACUAAUCUUUAAAUUAUAUUAGGAGUAAUCUUUAAAGGGUGAAUUUUUAUUUCGAAAUAACCUUUUUUUAUGUUGAAAUUUUAAUUUGGUGAAUUUUCUAUUAAGAAAAGAAAUUGACUAAAACUUAAUAGUCAACAUGGUAUUUAUAUUUAUCUUGUUUAUCUAAUAUUUAGUAUUUAUUAGGUAAAGUAAGCUGCUUAUGGUUAAAUAUAGUGAUUAUUGAUUACACUUUUAUAUCAACUUCAAACAUACCAUUGUUAUUAUUUCAUAUUUAUUUUUGAAAUACUUAAAUACCUGUAACUUUGUUUUAAUUUUACAAUAUUACGAUAAUAAAGCUUUAUUAAUAUUAAUCAAUUAUUGUUGCAGAAUGCUAAUAUAUAUAAAUAUAUUUUGAGGGUCCAUUUAUCAUAAGCAGUGAUUUUAUGGAGGAUUUUAUGUGAAUUUGAUUUCUGUUUUUCAAUAAUUAUUGAAUCUUUUAGCUUUAUUUUUAUUCUUUAUACCUAAAUGAGAAUAUAAUAUUGAUUUUCUAAUGGGGAUUCCCCUUUCCUCUUUUAAACAUUUGAAUAGACUAUCUGUAAAUAAAUUAUGAUAUGCAUGUAUAACCUCUAACAAAGGAAUAAUAAACUUAAUGUUCAUUUUCCAUGAUCAGUUAUAACCCUUUUCUACUUCUAUGGUAUAGAUCAUACAAAAUAAUAAACUUUUCUGGUUUAAAUUGUCAGUUAAAACCACUGUUAUUCAAUAUGCUUUUUAAAUAUUAGCUUACUUCACAUAGACAAUAUUAUUUAUUUUAUACAUAUACAUAUUUCCGAAAGGUGUUAUUUUAUUUAUCAUUACAAUUUAUACUGUUUUUGUUUCAUCUUUUCUAUUGACCAUCUUAAGCCAUCUGGGUCUAUUUUCUCUCCCUUUUUUACACUAUAGAAGCCACACCUAUGCACCUCUUAUCUACUCAUUCUUUAUCCUAUCUUCUCACUUCAAUCAUCCACCUGAACAUUCUGGUUACUGCUAUAUUUAUUAAUCUUAUAAAAGAUCCUAGAUACUUAAAAUUUCCAACCAUGCCUAUUUCGCCACUGUUAAAAGUGACACUGUUUUAAAUGCAUUCUCCAGUAUCCGUUAUAUUCAUUAUUUAUCAAGUAUAUUCAGUUUUUCCUAAUAAAUAGUUGCUAAGAAAAACAUAAUAUUAAUAAUUGUUUAAGAGUGUGGAAUACCUACCGGUGGGUGGGAGAAUGUAUUGCAAGAGCCAACUAUAAUUUAAUGUUUAGACAAGUAAACUGCUAAGCUUGGAAAGCUUGAAAUAAUAUGAUGGAUGGGUGACAUAGCAACAGAUAGGGUUAGGUUAUUUUUAAUUUUUUUCAAUUUCCUUCAUUUUAUCUUAAAACAAAAAAAAGUCAUAAAUGGCCUGCUUACAUAUAUAUAUACAGAGUGAUUCAAUAAGUGUGCUCAUUCCAUUUUUUUUUUUGGUUAAAUUCUGAUAUAUGAAAUUUUUAAGUGUAGUUUAAACUAAAUUUUGGUGAAAUAUUUCAUAUAUGUUUACUUGAAAAACCAAAGUUGGUUUUACCAGAUGAUGGUACUCCUUAAGUGUUGUGAAACAUCUAAGUACCUAUUUGAAAAUAUUAAAUUUAUUUAGCUAUAUUAAAUAUUUAACUUAUUUAUUUAACUAUGCUUAAAUAAUUCCAAAAUCACGAUUAGAAUGUAUGCUAAAUUGAAUCAAAACUGUGGGUUAAACACGCUUAGUGGAAUCAUUAUGUAUUUAAAUUCACCUGUGGUCUGGUCCUCGGCCCAGUGUCUUAAAAAAAAAAAGUAUUACUUUAAUUAAGAAUUAUUUUUAUUGAUAAUUAUUAGAUUGUUGGGAAUUAAUAUAUUUUUGUUAACUUCCGAUUUUCAAUUUUUAUUUAGUAUAAACUUUUAUUGCACCAUACUACAGAUAUAUAACAAUCAAUUAUAUAAUAUUUAUGUGGAAAGUGAUGUUUGUACAAUUUUUAAUGAGUCCACCUAAAAAUCGAAUAUUUAAGAUUUAAUAUACCGGGUGAUUUUUUUAACAUUAAACACAUUAUCUUUAGAGAGUUAACUUGUUAUUUGUUACCCGUUUUAAAGAAAUUUUUUUUUUAAAAAAAAAAGCAACUAAAAUUUUACAUCUCCAUUUUUUUGAGGGGUAAACUAACUAUCUUCUUUUGAUAUUAUUUAGAUAGCAAGCUACAUGAAAAAUUCCAUAAAUAGAUGGGAGUAUUAGUUAAAAUAAAUUUUGAUGUUGACAUCUUUAAUUUCUGUCAAUUCAUUGACAAGGUAUUACACUUCUAAAUUUUGGUCAAGAGAAAGUAGCGGAGUAACAUUUGUGUGUGGGGGCAAAGUGCGAAACUUGAAUAAUGCACUAUUACUCUCCUCUGACCAACUGAACUUAAAGUGAAACAUUUCGUCAACAGAUUGACAGACAUUUAAAAUUUCAAUACCAAAAUGUAUUUUAACUAAUACAUUUUAAUUACACUAAUGCAUUUUCAAUAUAAGAUACCACUUAAAAAUCAAAGGUAGUUGUUUCACCUCCAAAAGUUGGGGAUUUGUAAAAAAAAAAAAAAAAACUAAUCUAAAUGUAAAAUUUUAGUGUUUUUUUUCUAAUUUUCCAUAAUACCAAAUUCCAAAAAAAAUUAAAACUCGCCAAGAUAAUGAGUUUUAAACAAUAAAAGAAUCAGCCAGUUCUCCCUCCCCUCCCAUGUAUGUCAAAUUUUAAUGUUGACAAUAAUGGCCUUCUGCCUUUCCAUCACAUCUUAAAUUUAAAUAUAAUAUAAAUGUCUAAUUUCUUUGUAAUUUAAAAUUGAGAAAAAAAGUUUAAAAUAUUGAGGAAAUGAAUUAAGGAAGUUUGAUUACUCUUAUUGAUCCAUUUCAUUCUACUGUUAUUUAUCAUAGUUUAAUUAUUAUUAUUUUUUGCGUUGAUUAUAUUCAUACCUAGAAAUUGUUAAAAUUAAUAUUCUUGAAAAUGUUUAUUUUUCUUGGGGGGUUUUCUUCUUUAUUAAAACAAGUAUUAAGAAUAUACAAUAACUAUCUUAAAGCAUUAACUAUAUUCAAAAUGCUUCCAAAAACAAUGUGUAUUUGUCUUGUAGUAUUCAAAUUUGAACAUUUUAUUUUGUCUAUGUAGAUUUAUUUAUCAAUUUUGUUUUUGUAUUUUAUUUUAUUAAAAUUAAUGUAUGCAUGAAUAAUUAAUAAAUAAUAUACUUAUUUUUUUUAUAAAUAUUACAAAAACAAUUAAUUAUUCCAUUUAUUCAAUAUUUUAAAAAAAAUCCAUAAUGUAAUCAAAAAAACAACCAUUUAAACAAUUAGAGACUUCCUUAAUAUACAAAUUUAUAUUUACAUUUUAACAGGUAUAUAUUAAUUAAUCAUAUUAUUUUACAGUAACCGAUGAUUCAGUACAGACUGUAGAAAAAGGUGACGAGACUGAGGUAUGUUUUUAAUUUAUUGAUUACACAAUUUAUAUACAAUACAAAAAUAAUUAUUAUAAAAUAAAAUUUUCAUCCUGCUGGUCUGGUCAUUGACUUUGCAUAUGAAAUUUGAUUCCUUAACAAAAAAAAAAAAUACAUAUUAUAUUAAUUAUUUUAAUAUGAUCGUACAUCAUAUGCUAUUUGUUAGUUAUUAGUGUUUGAUUUAUAUUAAUGAUCUUUAUUUAACAAUGAACUAAACAAAAAGGUAUACUCAAUUUUAUUACUAAGUCUAUAGAAUGAAAUAAUAAUAAACAGAUAAGAAUGUUUAGGUCAUAAAACUGAUAUUAUAAUUAUACUUAAUUGAUAUUUAAUAAAUAUAUAAUCUAAGUAUAGGAAAAUUCAAUGUUUAAUAUUUUUGCCAAAUAAAAAAUGUAAUUUGUAUAUCUAUCCUACAUAAAAAAAUAUUUUAUAUUAAGUCUUUAAAAUGCUUUCAGAACAUUUUUCUCUACUUUCGUUUUCAUUCAAAAUCGGUUAGGUUAGGUUAUUUCAACUACUUUUUGGCAGGGUGUUAAAAUACUGUACACUUUUUUAUUUAUUUGUAUUUACUUGCCUUAUACUUAUUACUACUAUACUAUCAAACUUUUAUUUUUAUUUUUAAAAUGCGUUAUGCUAAUAUAAAUACAUUUUAUUUUAAACUUAUGUAUACGUAUGUUUAAUUUAGGUUGUAGAUGUGGAAAAUGCAGACCAAGUAUCGGCAGGUAUUAUAUUGUAAUAAGCAAUUAUUAUAUUAACAAAAAAAAAAAAAUUUUAAAUUAUUAUUUCAGAUGAUACCGAAAAAGUGGAUAGUGAUGUUUCUAAAGAAAUGGUCGUCAAAGUAAUUGAGUAGUAAUAGUAGUAGUUCAAUUACAAAUUUAUUAUGUUUCAGCAUACUUAAUUGUAUAGUUAAGUACACAUUUAAUUAUUGUUUUUUUUUUUUUUUAUAAUUUUAUAGAAAUCUGAUAGUACUUAUGAUAAAGCCAGUACAUCAAAUAGUGAAAUUUGUAAGAUGAAUAAUGCAACAGACCUUGAAAAAAUUAUUGGGAGUUCUUUUUGGGUAGAAGGUUGGCGAAAAGAGCUUUGUACAUGUUCUUCUUGUAAUGUAAGAUUGAUAGUAUAAAAUGUAAUUUAAUAUUUUUAACCUUUGAUAUUUGGGUAGGAAUUAUAUAAAACUGAAGGUGUUCCAUUUAUAACUGAUCAAAAAGAUACAUUGCAAGCCUAUGAAGAUAUAAGCCGAGAAAGAAUAAGAGCUAAAGAACAACAAAGUGAAGAAAAUUUUUCUAAAGCUUUAUCAUCAAUGGAUAGAGUUGCAGCUGUGGAAUUGGCUCAUAGUUAGUAUUUUCUUUUAUAUUUUCAUUAAACAAAAUAAUAAAAUGCUUGAUGUAUUAUAUUUUAGGAUAUAAUCAGUUCAAAGAAGAGUUAGUAGAGUGGAUGACCGAUUUAAAUAAAAAAGGUAAAGUAGUUAAACCGGAAGAUGUGAAAGAGUUUUUUUCUGGUGUUCAUGCAAGAAAACGUGCCAGAACAGAUGAUGGGAUUCCUCCAAGUUUCUGUCGUUAAAAUUAAUGAUUAAUUUCAUUAUAUAAAAUUUAAUAAGAUAUUCCUAGUGCUAUACUUUCCUGUUUAAAUUUAUAUUUACUUCUUUAACCGGCUAUUAUAAAAUUUCAAUUUAUAAUAUUAACUUAAAUAAUAAAUUAUGGUUAUGGAAUAAGCAUUUAUUAUUUAUUAACUAUAAUAAAUUAAUUGACAUUGAUAUCUUAACCAUAUAAGAUCCAAUAGAUACUGCACAUUUUUUUUUUUAUUACAUUCAUAAAUUAU